AUGGAGAGUGAGAGUGAGCAGAAUAAUGAGAUCAAUGAAGAAGGUUUGAAUGAGAAUGGAAAUAACACUAAUAACAGUAUUUCAUCAAGUUCACGAUGGAAUCCAACAAAAGAACAAAUAACUCUUCUGGAGAAUUUGUAUAAGCAAGGUAUAAAAACACCAAGUGCCGAUGAAAUACAACAGAUUACCGCUAGGCUUAGAGCCUAUGGUCACAUCGAAGGAAAGAAUGUCUUUUACUGGUUUCAGAAUCAUAAAGCUAGACAAAGACAGAAGCAGAAGCAAGAAAAUAUCACUUAUUUCAACCGGUUUCUUCAUAGACCUCAACCCAUUUUUCCUUCACCGAUUUAUCCCAAUACUAUCUGUAGACCAUAUUGCAUACCACAGCAACACAGUCAUGAAUUCAGCUAUUACACUCAAAAUCCAAAAGUGCUUCUACCUGCAGUAGGUUAUAGAAGGAACCAAGGUGAAAAAGUAAUGUCAAAUACUAGCAUGUCAAACUCAAAUGUCUACAAUAAUCCAAUGGUAUAUGAAAACAACAUGCAAAAGAGAAUAUCAGAAUAUGAAACGUUGGAUCUGUUUCCACUGCAUCCAACUGGCAUAUUGGAAGGCAAAAAAACUGAGCAGGUGUCUUCCAUUGUUUCAGUUUCUGCCGAUAGUUCUACUGAUGCAAAUUCUGGUUCUCCUCAUCAUGUUAUCAAUCAACCCUUCUUUGACUUUUUUAAUAAUUCUGUAGGACAAGGUUCUUAG